GAAAGCAACCUGACCCAGAGCGUUCCUCAAGCCGCUCUAGCCAAAGGAACCAUAAAGAUCAGAUUAGGCUUCCUCACUUCCUCCUCUCUGUGAUGCCGUCCUCGGCUUCCGGUUCCGGGGAGGGGCCAAAUCUUCAUCGACGCUUCAGAGCUCCGCCAUCUACUAGGAUGGCUGUUGUGCGGCUGCUGUUGCUUGGGGGUUUGUGGGGCGCUGUUGGAGCGUCCAACCUGGCUGUCGUUACUUGUGGCUCUGUGGUCAAGCUACUCAAUACGCGCCAUAACGUUCGACUGCACUCACACGACGUGCGCUAUGGGUCAGGUAGUGGGCAGCAGUCAGUGACAGGUGUUACCUCUGUGGAUGACAGCAACAGUUACUGGAGGAUACGGGGGAAGACUGCCACAGUGUGUGAAAGGGGAACCCCCAUCAAAUGUGGCCAGCCCAUCCGACUGACCCACGUCAACACUGGCCGAAACCUCCAUAGUCACCAUUUCACGUCACCUCUUUCUGGAAAUCAGGAAGUGAGUGCUUUUGGUGAAGAAGGUGAAGGUGAUUAUCUGGAUGACUGGACAGUGCUCUGUAAUGGGCCCUACUGGGUGAGAGAUGGUGAGGUACGGUUCAAACAUUCUUCCACCGAGGUGCUGCUGUCUGUCACAGGAGAACAAUAUGGUCGACCCAUCAGUGGACAAAAAGAGGUGCAUGGCAUGGCCCAGCCAAGCCAGAACAACUACUGGAAGGCCAUGGAAGGCAUCUUCAUGAAGCCCAGUGAGUUGUUGAAGGCAGAAGCCCACCACGCAGAGCUGUGAGUCUGUAUGCUCUGAACUGCUGUCACCACACAGUGUUCAUAGACAUCUGUUGCUGCUUCACCUUGGAUCUUUGACCCAAGUUUCCUGGACAGUGGUGGGCCUGUCCCCACUGAGAGGAAGAUGAGCAAUAGAAAACAAUGGCUGUGUUUAGAAGCUGCUCUCCCAGAUUUGGUUCAGUUCUGGGUAGAGGAUUUGCUAGUGAAAGCACAGAUAAUUUUCAUUCAUAUUGUUAAAAGAAACUAGGGAUACUUCCUUUUUAGUUGGGAAUUUUUACCUUCCAGAGUUUGGCAUCAUGAAUUGUUAAUAAUGUGUGACUUUUCCCCUAUUUUUCUUUCUUCAAAAUAAUAAA